AUGAAGGCGCCGCCCUCAGCAGCGACAAGUGCAGUUAGUUGGAGGCCUGAGGGCAUUAAGCAUAAAAAGAAUGAAAUUUUCCUCGAUGUCAUCGAGAAACUGAACUUACUGGUAGCGGCAAACGGACAAGUUUUACAAUCUGAGAUUUUUGGGUCGUUGAAAAUGAAGUCGUUCCUUUCGGGAAUGCCCGAAUGUAAAUUGGGUUUGAACGACAAGUUGCUCGCGGCUGGCGGAGCUGGUGGAUCCAGUCGAGGGGGGAAAGGCGUCGAAAUGGAAGAUAUCAAGUUUCACCAAUGCGUCCGACUCAGUCGUUUCGAGCAGGACAGGACGAUAUCGUUCAUACCACCUGAUGGCGAAUUUGAGCUGAUGAGUUAUCGUUUGAACACUCCAGUGAAGCCUCUGAUUACGGUUGAGGCGGUAGUUGAUCCGAGUCAGUCGGGAAGGCGUCUGGAAGUGAUGAUUAAGGCGAAGAGCCAAUUCAAGAGCAGAUCGAUAGCUAACUCGGUUGAGAUUCACGUUCCUGUGCCCGGGGAUGUCGACACUCCGCAAUGCAAGGCUAGCACAGGUUCGGUGAAAUAUCAUCCGGAGAAGGACUGUGUGAUAUGGUCGAUUAGACAGUUCCCUGGUCAGAAGGAUUACAUUAUGACGUCGAAUUUCGGCCUUCCUAGUGUUUCUAUGGAAGCUGCCAGGUGA